AAACCAAUGGGAUUUUGUUGCGCUGAGCUGUGCGUUGCUGCUAGGUGGAAUUAGGGUUUGGAAUUGGGGUAAGAACGUUGAAUCCUAAUCAGAAAAGCUGCGAUUUUUCAGGGAAUCAUGGGCAGUUCAAAUCAAAGCGCCAACCUUGAUGACGAUGAUAACGCCAUAACCACAAUACCUUCGACUGUAAACGCGUACCUUAGUCCUUCUUACUGGGAUGAAAGGUUCACUAAGGAAGAGCAAUAUGAAUGGUUCAAGGAUUAUUCCCAUUUUCGCCACCUCAUUCAACCCCAUCUCACACCUCAUUCCUCUGUAUUAGAGCUUGGAUGUGGAAACUCUCAAAUGUGUGAAGAACUGCAUAGGGAUGGGGCAAUCAAUAUAACAUGCAUUGAUUUGUCAACAGUUGCUGUCGAGAGGAUGCAAAAGCGGUUGCUUUCGCAGGGAUUAAAAGACAUCAAAGUGCUGCAAGCUGAUAUGAUAGAGCUACCUUUCGAAGAUGAAUGUUUUGAUUUGGUUAUUGAGAAGGGAACUAUGGAUGUAUUGUUUGUGGACAGUGGCGACCCAUGGAAUCCGAGGCCUGAAACUAUGUCCAAGGUUAUGGCAACAUUGAAAGGAGUUCACAGGGUUUUGAAAGCAGAUGGCACAUUUAUCUCAAUAACUUUUGGCCAGCCGCAUUUCCGACGCCCUAUAUUUAAUGCGCCGGAGUUCAGCUGGUCUGUUGAGUAUGCUACUUUUGGUGAAACCUUCCACUAUUUUGUCUAUGUUCUGAAGAAG